UCCUCCCCCUCCUCUUCUCGUCGUCUAUUCUUCUUACUUCAUUUCUUUCUUCCGGCUUGAAUCAUCUUGCCGUGUUCUUCAUUCAACUAGCAGCAUUCAGCACCCCCCGAGUGGUGUGCUCUCAAUGUGCUGGGUGAAGCUCUCCUCCCCCACACCCCAUUCCGUGUCGUGACGAGUCCCAAUGAUGGCGAGUGUCCUGUGUAGACACUCGUCUCGAGCCGCCUGCAUCGGAUUGCGAUUCUCCCACCCACCAGAGCAGUGACCCGUUCGUCUGCUCCCCCACGGUCCGAAGUGAUGUCGAAGGGCUGCUAUACCUGUCGUCGCCGCCGCAUCAUCUGCGACAACGGCUUACCAACAUGCCGCAAGUGCCGCGAUGCGGGGAAGGAAUGUCUGGGGUAUCAGAAGCCCCUCGUCUGGGUCAAGGGAGGCGUGGCCAGUCGGGGGAAGAUGAUGGGUCGCAGCUUUAAUGAGGUUAUGCGCCCUUCAGAUCUUAGGCGCGGUGACUCGAGCCCCUCUUCCUCCAGCAAUGCGUCGCCGCCGUCAGCUGCCGAUUCGCCUACCCAGUCUAUCGACAUUAGCUUAUGCGUACCCCCCAACGUGUCGGGCAUCCAGGGUAUCCCAGAAUCGAUCCAGUCGGAGGAUAAUGAUGAUCAGGAGACGCAAGUUGUCUUGCAAAGAGCUACCUCUGUCUCCGCGCCUUGGGGCCUGGUGGAUCCGCUGUUCAAGGACCUGAGUCAGCUGUCACGGUUCUACAUCGUGCAUUUCAACCAGAACCUUGCCAAUUACCUCACCCUCUACUCCGAGACCGGCAACCCGUACCGUGACCUCAUUCCCUUGGUCGGCGACUCUCCUCUCCUCGCCCACGUCCUCGCUGCCACCGGUGCCUUGCAUUAUGCCAUCCUGGCGAGCGGUGACUUUUCCCUGACGCCAUGGUUGUCGGAGGGUUCCCCAACAGACCGCACCCUCCUGUCUCCGGAAGAGGUAGAAAAGUCCGUGAUCACCUCGAUGUCUCGGCGCCCGUCGUCCAAGGUAUAUGAGCAUUUUCUCGGACUCAAGCAGCGCGCCUUAGGGCAGUUAUCGAGCGACAUCCGGGAUCCCGUUCUGCGCAAUGAUAACAGGACCCUCGCUGCGAUCACAGUCCUCGCUCUGAUGGAUGCCAUUGAAUCGGGAGAUGGCGCCUGGAAGUUCCACCUCGAAGGGGCCAAAAAGCUUCUCAAAGGCCGCCAAGAACAGGGGGCCUCCAGUCCGCCUCAAUACCUCGUCAAAUGGCUGGAAGAUUUCGCUGUCGACGGCAUUCUCCUCAUCCAACUCAUGGGCUCCACCCUCGCUCGCCCAGGGUCCCUAACCAAACCCUUCUAUACCUCCAGCAUGGGCCCCGCCAUGCUCAAACGCCUAGAAGAAACCUCCUACGUCGGUUGUCCAGCCUAUCUCCUCGAAGUCAUCCUGCUCAUCCACGCCGGCCUCUACUUCGACCCGGACGUCGACCCCAACUCACAGCCCUCCAUGAUCUUCACCUCUGCCUUCCUCUCCCAAGACACCAACCCCCUCCAAUCCCCCGGCGCUCUUCUCCAACACAUCCAAGCCUUCGACCCCUCCGCCUGGGCCGAGUCCAUGCAAAGCUGCUACUACCUCGCAGACCUCUCCAUGCGAACCGCCCUAGCCACCGUCUUCAAAGGCGCCGUCUACCUCUACGCCAGCCGCGUUCUCUCCCGCCCGCGUCCCGGCGCCGCAACCAUCCCCAACCACUUCGGACUCCCCUCCGACCACGCCGAAGUGGCAGACCUAAUCAUCCGCAAAAUCGCUCUCAUCCCUAUCGAAGAUCCCCACUUCAAAUGCCUCAUCUGGCCCACCUUCAUUGCCGGCGCAGAAUGCAGAGACCCCUCCCAGCGUCCCUUUGUACUCAACAAACUGCGCGCGUUGUACUUUAAUAUCACCAGCGUGAAUGUCCGCAACGCAGCUUGGGUUUUGAGCUUGAUGUGGCAGAAACAGGAUCAGAAGAAGGCUGAGAAGGAACAACAGCAGCAACGGCCUACCACUACCAAUACCGAUAAUUACCCCCAUGACGAUGUUAAUGAUGACGAUGACUUUGAUUGGAUUCAGGAAUUGGAUAAUUCCAGGAUUGACUGGUUGUUUAUAUAGUUGUUUCUGAGAUAUUUCCUUUUUUUUUUUUUUUCUUUUUUUUUCCCUUUU